AUGUUAAGACUCCUCUUUACCUGUCUAGGUGAUCAACUAAAUCCUCCGGUCUUUUUACUGACCCUUAUUCCAAUCACAGAGGCUUUACCUCUUCUCUGUGUCAGGUCAGGUCAGGUCUGGUCUGGUCAGGUCAGGUCUGGUCAGGUCAUGCUCAGGUCUGGUCAGGUUAGGUCUGGUUUUCUCAGGUCUGUUCAGGUCUGGUCAGGUCAGGUCAGGUCAGGUCAGGUCUGGUCAGGUCAGGUCUGGUCAGGUCUGAUCAGGUCUGGUCAGGACAUUAUUCUGGUCAGGUCUGGUCAGGUCAGGUCUGGUCUGGUCUGGAGAGGUCAGGUCAGGUCAGGUCAGGUCUGGUCAGGACAUUAUUCUGGCCAGGUCUGGUCGGGUCAGUUCAGGUCUGGUCUGGUCAGGUCUGGUCAGGUCAGAUCACGACAGGUCAGGUCUGGUCAGGUCAUUAUGCUGGUCAGGUCAGGUCAGGUCAGGUCAGGUCGGGUCAGGACAUUAUGUUGGUCAGGUCUGGUCAGGGCAUUAUGCUGGUCAGGUCUGGUCAGGACAUUAUGCUGGUCUGGUCUGGACAUUAUGCUGGUCAGGUCUGGUCUGGUCAGGACAUUAUGCUGGUCAGGUCUGGUCAGGACAUUAUGCUGGUCUGGUCUGGUCUGGUCAGGACAUUAUGCUGGUCUGGUCUGGACAUUAUGCUGGUCAGGUCUGGUCUGGUCAGGUCUGGUCUGGACAUUAUGCUGGUCAGGUCGGGUCAGGACAUUAUGCUGGUCUGGUCUGGUCAGGUCGGGUCAGGACAUUAUGCUGGUCAGGUCUGGUCAGGACAUUAUGCUGGUCAGGUCAGGUCAGGUCUGGUCUGGUCAGGUCUGGUCAGGUCGGGUCAGGACAUUAUGCUGGUCAGGUCUGAUCAGGACAUUAUGCUGGUCAGGUCAGGUCAGGUCAGGUCAGGACAUUAUGCUGGUCAGGUCAGGUCUGGUCUGGUCAGGUGUGGUCAGGACAUUAUGCUGGUCAGGUCAGGUCAGGUCUGGUCAGGUGAGGUCAGGUCUGGUCAGGUCAUUAUGCUCGUCAGGUCAGGUCAGGUCUGGUCAGGUCAUUAUGCUGGUCAGGUCAGGUCAGGUCUGGUCAGGUGAGGUCAGGUCUGGUCAGGUCAUUAUGCUGGUCAGGUCAGGUAAGGUCUGGUCAGGUCAUUAUGCUGGUCAGGUCAUUAUGCUGGUCAGGUCUGCUCUAGUCUGGUCAGGUCAGUUCAGGUCUGGUCAGGUCUGGUCAGGUCAUUAUGCUGGUCAGGUCAGGUCUGGUCUGGUCAGGUGUGGUCAGGACAUUAUGCUGGUCAGGUCAGGUCAGGUCUGGUCAGGUGAGGUCAGGUCUGGUCAGGUCAUUAUGCUGGUCAGGUCAGGUCAGGUCUGGUCAGGUCACUAUGCUGGUAAGGUCAGGUCUGGUCAGGUCAGUUCAGGUCUGGUCUGGUGA